AGAAAAAAAAACUCUGGGAGGGAACGUGGGUGAGGUUCACUUGGAUCCAAAACGCACUGGAGCAACGACUGAUUGGAGAAACAAAGUUCUGGGGCUACACAUAUAACAGGAUUAAAACAUUUUACUGAACACAGGAAGAGGGAGGACAAGGAGUAUUCAGUCAUUUAAGGAAUCAGGGAUUGCUUUGAAUAGAGCAGGACUGUUGUAAAGUGGAUAAAUCUGCUUUUCUUCUCGUUUUUGGGGGUGUUUUGGAAGUCUCUUUUUUGUCAGCUCAGUGCUGUGGGAGAGCUCUAGGAAUCCAGGAUAUAGGGGGUUCCAACAGAGGCAGAAAUAGUGAAGUCGUCACAGCAGCUGCAGAUGUUUCGGGGCUGAGUUACUGGGAUAUUAAGCGCUAAUAAUGACAGGCCAAAUGCUUCCCCUCUUUCUCUUAUCUCUGUGUCUGGUUGUGGCUUCAGUCCGGAGCCAGGGUUCUUCCCAGGAUGCAUUUAUAAUCCAGUAUCUGGAGAGGAGGCUGACUCAGAUAGAGGAACGUCUUAAUAUGUGUGAGCAAAGCACAGUGAGCGUCACCCAGAAGACCUAUGACCUCACUUCUGAAGUCAGGGGUUAUCUGUCCACGUUCACUGCCCUGAGAUCUGAGGUGAAGAACCAGAUGGACAGCGUGUCCGUGCGUGUCGACAGGGUGGAGAGGGAGCUGGAAUAUCUGGAAAACAAGAUUCCCACCCAGUCAGACAUCGAGAUGGAGGAGGCGCUGCUGGAGCAACAGAUAAAGGCUGCAGAGCUGGAUCAGCUGAAGAAGAAAGCCAAGAUCAAAGUGGACAAUGACUGCAGCACAGCUCUGAGUCAAAUCAAGUCUCUCAAGAUUGUUAAGAGGGCAGGGGACACCUAUGGUUCCUGGUUCAAGGAUCCGUCCGAAGGAUCGGCUAAGGUCUACCUGCUGAGUGGGAUUCGUAACAACACUGUGCUGGAGUACGCCUCUCUGCAAAGCUUCACAGAGAGGGAUUCCUCUGUUCCAGCAAAGGUGGUGGAGCUGCCUUUCAACUGGCAGGGCUCCGGUCAUGUGGUAUACAACGGAUUCCUGUACUGCCACAAAGCUGAUACACCCAACCAGAUCCUGAAGGUAGAACUGCUGAAUGGUACAGUGGUGGACAGCACACUUCUUCCAGGAGCGGGACGCCUCCCUGUCUACAGCCUGAAUCCUAACACAUACCUUGAUAUGGCUGUUGAUGAACUGGGUCUCUGGGUCAUCCAUGCCGACCCUGAGUAUGGAGGAAACUUGGUCAUCACCAAACUGGAUAAAGUAACGCUGGCAGUGGAGUAUACCUGGGAUACACAAUGCCGAAGCCGUGAUGCUGAAGGAGCCUUCUUAAUAUGUGGGACCCUCUAUGUGGUCUACAACACACGCUAUGGAGGACGUUCCACCAUACAGUGUCUCUAUGACAUCCAUGACACCAUCCACAGUGAUGAGAGUCCUGUGAUGUUCUUCCCUAAGCGCUACACCAGCCAUAGCAGCAUCCACUAUCACCCGGGAGACAAACAGCUGUACGCCUGGGAUGAUGGCUACCAGACCAUAUACAAAGUGGAGACACGCAGGAACGACCAAACCGUUGCAGAUUGAAGUUGUUUGUCAUAAACCUGUAGUUUGAAAAGCAUAUAUCAGUAUAGUUUAUAAUCACUAUAGUAUUCCUUUGCUGGCAAUGGAUGCUGCCUUUUUUCACUGUGAAUGGUUAUUGACGUAAAGACCAUGUCCAACCGAAAACCUUUUACACACAGGCUUUCCACUUUGUAUCAUCACAAUAAAGAGCAUUCAAGACUGAA